AAUAAAAGAAAUAGGAAAACCAGUAGAGUGAUUUAUCCGAUCUUUCACCCUAGUCGGUGUCGAUCUUCUAAUCGGUGCUGCUGCCGCGGCCGCCGGUGAUCCCUCUCAAGCCGAGCUUCCCAGACGCUUCGCGUUCCUCUCCUCCUGUCGCCGCCGCCACCGCCCGUGCCCUUUUCCCUGGUACCCUCGACCCCUCUUCUCCUUCCCGAUCCCAACCCUCCUCUGCCUCAGACCUUCCCUUUCUUCUCUCCCUCUUUUCUCUAGUAUAGGUGAUACUGAUCCAUACUGAGCGUUGGUAUGUUGAUCUGUACUGCGUCAUACCAAUUCAGCCAUCGAUCGGGAAAAGUUGAUUACUGAAGACUUCGGCAUCCGAAGACAUAACAAGGUAGAUGGAAGGUGCUACAGAUCAGGUCAUAGAACGGCCAAUGUGGAAGAAAGUGGCCUAUGGAGGAAUGCAGCCAGGUUAUGAUGACAACUACACCGAUGAGUCAUUUCUUGAAGAAAUGGUUAUGAAUGCUAAUGUGGUAAAGAGGGAUCUUUGGAAAGUGAUGCAAGAUUCUGUCUCCAUUACUCAAUAUAUAUGCAUAGUAGCUCUUGUGGUCUCUGUAUGGGCUCACACAUUGAGCUUGAACAUUGAUGAGAUCUCUCUCCUUAAACUGGAUGUAGGUCUCCUAGCACUUGGUUUUUCGAUACUCUUGAUCACUACUAGUCAGCUCUCCGUGCAGCUUCUCUCACGGUAUUUUCUCAACAUUUCCUUUUUCAUAUGUGGCCUAUACAUUUUGGCACCUAUCUAUCACACUCUCACCAGGUCUAUGAGUUCAGAUUCAAUAGUGGCACUAACUGUAUCGCUUCUCAUCAUCCAUCUUUUCCUGCAUGAUUAUUCUGGCUCCACAAUAAGACCCCCCGGUGCUCUGAAGAACCCGAAUCUGGCAAGUAACAUCUCUUUGAAUGCGUCAAUAGUGGCAUCAGUUCUUGUGGCCUCACGCCUCCCAUCUAGGCUUCAUGUCUUUGCCAUCAUGCUCUUUUCUUUGCAAAUCUUUCUUUUUGCUCCACUUAUCACGUUUUGCAUCAAGAAAUACUCCAACAGAGUGCACCUAGGCUUUUCAUUUGCAUUAAUGAGUAUGACACUGAGUGUUGUGUACCAGUUGCAUGGCAUGCUCUUUGUUCUCUUGUUAGGUCUUCUACUUUUCAUAUCUGUUGUUUGCCCCUACUGGCUUAUAAGGAUACAGGAAUACAAGUUUGAGAUAAAUGGUCCAUGGGAUGAAGCUAAACUGUGUUUUGACAUAACGGAGUAAGCAUCACUUACCUGCAUGAUACCUUGUCAAGGGCAUGCUUUCAGUAAUUUACUAAGCAUAUUGCUCUUAUUACUCAUUCAUUUCGACAUUGUUCAAAUUUAGUAUUCAUGUGUGUACGUUGUUUCUAGUAUUUUCUUCUGUACAUCAAAUUAUCAGCUAAAUGCUGGUUUUGGACUGGUCUUCUGUACAGUAUUUCUUAUCCAUAAAUUGAAUGCUUUCCAACAAAAGUGUGGAGUUUCUGAUUAUUCAAAAUUCUUUGAAUAAUAACUCUAAGUAGACAUAUUUCUUAGAAUUCUCAAAGUAGACAUGUUUCUUAGAAUUAUCUUAUCCAUAAAUUGACUGCUUUCAUCAAAAGUGUGGAGUUUCUGAUUAUUCAAAAUUCUUUGAAUAAUAACUCAAAGUAAACAUGUUUCUUAGAAUUCUCUUGUUGCUUCUUAAUUGUAAUUUCUUCAUAUCCUAUCCCAUUAUAAGAUAAGGAUAAAGUGAAGUGGAGAAAAUGGAUAUGACUUGUAUGAUCCUAAGUUGAAGCUCUAGUAGCUGUAUGACACUGUUUGAGGUUGAAGUCUCCUGUCACUGCUGUGUGGAGUGAAUUGGAUGUUCAAUAUGAGAUGAAGCAAAUUUCUCUGGAAUCAUGUAAUUUACACUUUUUAAUGUAAUCAUCUGUUCUGAAAGGUGGUUAUCUUUCAAAUAUAGGAUUUGGUAUGCAUUUGUGUGGUUAUGAAAUGUGUUAUAAAGCCUUUUGCUGUAAUUUUGUUGA